AUGGAGGACCCUAAGACCAAGCAACAGGUUCAGCACAAUGCAGACCGCAGGGCGAGGGAACUUUACCGCUACUACCAGCCUGCUAUACAAGCUGGCGUGGUCCCAUCUUGGCUUCGCACGGGCGAUGAGUACCCAUUUUCUAGUCCUUCAGGAAACGUCGACACACCGCCAAUCUCUGAAAGCUCGGCGCCUUCGGAAAGCAGCAGAGUACGCCCAUCGACCGCAAUCGGUCCCGAGGUCCUGACCUUGGGCACCUCGAACAGUACCUUGACCUCAUUUGCCCAGCUAGCGGCUUUGCGCCUGGACGUCGAGCGAGUUUUCAUUGCUGUGUUGGAUCGCGACCGACAACAUAUCAUUGCCGAAGCUACAAGAACUCUGAACCUGAAUGACGCGUCAGUUCACGAUGACAAAGACAAUAUCUGGCUAGGCGCGUCCGAUACCCGCAGAACAUGGAGUGUGUGCAAGGACACUGUUGCAUUGCCGCCCAACCACCGCGAGACCGCAAACUAUCAAUUCUUAAUUGUGAACGAUAUGAACGAGAAUGAUCGUUUCAAGCGACUUUCGUUUGUCGAGAACGAUCCACACUAUCGGUUCUAUGCGGGAACUCCCUUGACGACCGAGAACAAUAUCAAUUUAGGCUGCUUUUUUGUGUUGGACAGCAAACCUCGGGAUGGAUUGACACCCGUGGAGAAGGACACACUGAGAUCGCUAUCAAUGCUUGCCAUGGGCUAUUUGAAGAUUUGCAGACAAGCUUCAGAGGGCCGCCGGGCGGCACGCCUCUCCCGAGGACUGAGCUAUUUUGUUGAGGGGAGUUCGAGCUUUGUGGACAGCGUGGACAUGUCACGCGCCGACAGCACGGCUCCUCAAUCAACAGGGUCUUAUAAAAACAGUGUCUCGGGAGGCUCACGUGGAAAUAGCGUGGAGGAUGGAUUCCAAGGGUCAUCAAACAGCCCGCCGAAUGAACGCUCCAUCGAUUCAAACCCCUCUAAUCGAAUCAAUGUCUCACGCGGCUCCCGGGACAACAGCGCAGACGACGCAUCGCAAGCGGCAUCGAAUAGUCCACCAAGCGAUAGGUCCCUCAGCAAUGAUGCACAAUCCUUCAGUUCCCAACGCUCCGAAUCAAAACUGGACACAGUUACCUCCGGUACGGGCAUGGGGAGCUCUCUGCCAGAAUGGUUGACAAGCAGUGGCCAGAAUCGCUUACCGCCAGAUGAUUCACAGGCGAAUUCUUGGUGCUUCCGUAGGGCUGCAAAUCUACUUCGCGAGAGUCUUGACUUGAGCGGUGAAAGUGGUGUCAUUUUCCUCGAAGCAAAUAACAGCCCCACCUUGGACAUCAAUAGCGGAAGUGAUUGCUCUGAUUCAGGUGGACCUGCUCCAGUGUUGUCAGCGUCCACGAACGACGAGCCCUUCGCUCCCCAGGCUGGCUCAAUGGCGACAUGCGCUGCGGCCAACCUGGACCGAUCAUUUCUACAAUUAUUGCUCCGUCGCUAUCCCAGAGGAAAGCUCUGGUCUUUCCAUCGCGAUGGGCUUAUCUCGACAUCGGAUGAUGAUGAACAACAUCCCCAGGAUAACAAAGGCCCCCUUACUCCUACCGAUAGUGCCUCCAGCCAAUCUCCAUCUGAUGCUCCACCACCACCACCUGAGCCUUCAAAGCUCACUCGGAAACGGCGAAAGGCCGCGGAGAACAGUAUCUUGAACCAGUACUUCCCAAAUGCCACGCAAAUCAUGUUUGUGCCAUUGUGGAAUGCCGUUGCCUCUCAAUGGUUCGCUGGGUGCUUCUGCUGGAGUACUGUCGAGACCCAGGUGUUUACUAGCUCAGUCGAACUGAGCUCAGUGCUUGGAUUCGCAUCCUCUAUCAUGGCCGAGUAUAGCCGAGUUGAAUCUCUCAUCGCCGAUCGACAGAAAGGCGAUUUCAUCGGAAGCAUCUCGCAUGAACUUCGUAGUCCGCUUCACGGAAUUUUGGCUGCCGCUGAAUUUUUGAACAGUACUCAUCUAAACGAGUUCCAAGAUUCAUUGCUGGAGACGAUCAAUGCAUGCGGUCGGACCCUACUGGAUACAAUGAACCAAGUGCUUGACUUCAGCAAAGUGGUAUCCCUGGAACGGACAUGGAAAUCAUUGAAACGCAGGAAAGAGAAACCACUCGAUUUCAAAGGAACGGAUAAGCUCGCAUAUCAUCUCGACACAUACGUGGCCACAGAUCUCGCCAUCCUGGCCGAGGAAGUAGUGGAAGGCAUCUGUCUUGGCCAUGUAUAUGGUCAAAGCUCAACUGCGUCAGCUGAUCUGCCCGUAUUGAUGCCGCACCACCCAAAGUUGCAAAAUGUACGGUCCAAUGUGGAGGUUGUUAUGGAUGUGGCGUAUGGGGAUUGGAUCUACCGCACUCAGCCCGGUGCUUUACGCCGCAUUAUCAUGAAUGUAUUUGGUAAUGCCAUGAAGUAUACGGAAGCUGGCCGUGUCACUUUACAAUUAGAAGCGUCGAGUCAGUCUGAAGGACGGUCCCGCCGGCAAGGCCUCGAGGACUUGGUCACGUUGACCGUCACUGACACUGGCAAGGGUAUAUCGGAGGAGUUUUUGCGCGGCAAGCUCUAUACCCCAUUUGCCCAGGAGGAUCCUUUGGCGGUGGGAACUGGUCUGGGGUUAUCCAUCGUCCGAAGUUUGGUCAAGGCCUUGAGUGGAACCAUUCGCAUUCGCAGCCGCCCUGGAGAGGGUACCACUGUACAUGUAUCGCUCCCUCUAGCCCGUCCUGUUGGCAAGGAGAGUCCGGCUAUCGAACCAUCUGGGCAACUUAUUCAGCAUAGAGAGACUCUGACCCAAACUCUUUUGCUUCGCGAAGGGUAUCCAGGGAAACGGGCCUCGAUCUGGGGAGUUGACCCAGCUGGGGUGACGGAUCAUUCCAAUUGGUCUGAGAUCGCUCGUUAUCUUACAGAAUGGUACGCCAUAGAGCUUGUCUCGUGGUCAUCUGAAAGCACCGUCGAUAUUGUCCUGAUUGAUGAGAACGACUUGCCACAAUUCCGCGAGAUCGCACCAGUGGUCACUCUACCCGCCCUUCUCAUCCUGUGCCACAAGUCCGUGGAUUAUACCGGUGCGCUGUCCGAAUGGUUGCCUCUUGCUUCUUCGGUGCACAUCAUCCGGCGUCCUUGCGGACCACACAAGUUAGCUCGAAGCGUGACAAAGUGUCUAUCACAGAAUCGAUCGGCAUCUGCGACACCUGCAUCCGUAAUGCAGCCAAUCGAUUUGCCUAUUCGAACUUCAUCACUGCCAUCUGCAAUGCCUUCUCCGACCAGUCCUCUCUCUUCUGCCUGUGCCAGAAGUGCCCCGGAAUUGAAUCUACCAGCAACCCACCCCGUGAAUUUGCGUACAUCACCACGAGCAGAGCCAUCCGUGAUUACCUCAUUGCCCGAAGAGAUUAUUGAAAAUCCCUUGCCUUCGCCAUUGAUGGAUGACUCAACCAACUCUUCACACCUGGCGCGCGUACUGGUGGUGGACGACAACCUGAUCAAUCUCAAUUUGAUGAUGACAUUCUUGAAAAAGCGCAAGCUUACUGUGCUUGACGCUGCCGAGAAUGGCAAGCUGGCUGUGGAGGCAGUCGAGCGCAUGAAGACUGGAUAUGAUAUCAUAUUCAUGGACAUCUCCAUGCCUGUCAUGAAUGGCUUUGAGGCUACCCGUGCUAUUCGUUCAUUGGAAAAGGACGAGGAUGGCCGUAAGCCUGCCAUCAUCAUCGCCUUAACAGGGCUCAGCAGCUCACGCGAUGAGUCUGAUGCCAUGGCUUGUGGUGUCGAUUUGUUCCUCACUAAACCUGUCUCGUUCAGGGAAGUUUCACGGCUUCUGGGUGAGUGGGAAAAGGAUGGGAUGGAGAAAGAACGGAGCUUGUCUUCUUGA